AACAAUCAGUGCCAUAUUUCACUACCAUAUAGAUACUAGGAUGUCAGCACGCUAUGUACAGCCAGUUCGGUCUAAUUAUAAUGAAAAGCUAAUUACCAUACUUAGCAUCGAUGGAGGUGGAGUCCGUGGAAUUAUACCUGCAACAAUACUUGCGUUCCUUGAAUCCGAACUUCAGAAACUCGAUGGAAAAGAAGCAAGAAUUGCUGAUUACUUCGACUUGAUAGCCGGCACAAGUACAGGAAGCCUUGUAACAGCAAUGCUAACAGCUCCCAACGAAAACAAUCGCCCACUAUAUGCUGCAAAAGAUAUUUGCCCUUUCUACUUCAGCGAGUGCCCAAAGAUAUUCUGUGAAGAAUCAAAAGUGCAUAGGCAAGCUACUAAACGGUACAAAUUCCCUUGGUCUGACGAUCCAAACUGGCUAUCAGAAGUGACGUGGAAAAAGAUCGCCAGUACAGCAUAUGUAUCGGUCAAAUAUUUCAUGGCGUGGUUACUCACAGUGGUGUUUCAUCCUAAAUAUGAUGGAAAAUAUUUACGGAUGGUGACAAAGGACAUUCUUGGAGCAAGAAAACUGAACGAAACGUUAACGAAUGUGCUAAUUACGAGUUUUGAUAUUAAACUUCUCCAUCCGAUCUUUUUCUCCUCUUUUCAGGCAAAAAGAGAUGCCACCAAGAUCGUAUUACUCUCUGAUGUGGUAAUUAGCUCAUCAGCAGCACCUUAUUUUCUCCCCCCGCAUUUUUUCCGUACCAACACGGCCAUAUACAACCUCGUUGACGGUGGGGUUGCAGCUAAUAAUCCUACAUUGCUUGCAAUACGUGAAGCGACAAAGAUAAAUGGUAACCGGCAAAACUCAUAUUAUAGUUCUCAAGAUUAUAGCAAGUACCUGGUAUUGUCUUUAGGCACCGGGUCUGCCAAAAGACAAGGAUAUGAAGUACAAAAGAGCCAGUGGGGUUUACUUGAUUGGUUUGCCAGUGAUAAAGGCACUCCUCCAUUACUUGAUGUCUUCUGUAAUGCCAUGGAUGAUAUGGUUGAUAUUUACUUGUCCUUGAUCUUCCCAACCCAUCAUAACUGUAGCCAAAACUAUCUCCGAAUCCAGGAUGACAACAUGAAGGCUAAUGAAACCUCAACAGAUGAUUCAAGUAUGCCAAAUAUGUUGAGGUUGGAGAGGAUCGGAAAAGCUCUCUUGGAGAAACGAGUUUCAAUGACAAACUUGGACACUGGUUUGCAGGAACCUGUCCAAGGGGCACGCUCUAAUAAAGAUGCCUUAGUCGAAUUUGCUGGAAGAUUAUCAGCAGAAAGGCGACGACGGAUGGCCAUUGUUAAUUAUUGAUAUGUUCGAUAGUAACGCUAACAAACCGCAAAAGUGAGCAACAUCAUGAGGCAAAGUAUGCAGAUUUUUGGACAUUAUGUCAUCAUCGAAAGAUUCGAAAUCAUAUAUCGCUCAUUUUACCCUAAGUAGUCACCUUACAAAAUGAAAUGCCGUCAAAAAUGCAUUAUGUCGUAGUUGAGGAAUUUUUUGACACCUCUUGAACCACCACUGUCUAGUUACCAUAAUGUUGGAUGGUUGAAUAUCUGAACAAAGUUGUAUACUCGUAUGGUUCAAAUCAAUCUGAAUUCUGAAAUGUCAAUUAGGUUUCUUCUUCA